GCCACAAGGCCCUCCUCACCAGCCUCAGAGCGCCACACAGCCCGUGGGCCAGUGAGGGGCCGCGGCAGGCAGGCAGGCAGGUCAAGGAUGCUAGUCAGGAAACCCGUUGCAGCUUUGGCCCCUCCAAAAGCGAGCUGCGACCAAAAAUCAACCUAGCCACCAAGUGACUCAAAGGAACCGCCUUCACGCCUCGACACUGCGACCGCAACCGUGACUUGCACCCUCGUGGCUACCGACUCCUCGACUCCACUGCAGUGCAUACAAUUUGUUUUCGUGGCCGAUUCAAGCAACUGCAUUGCGCAUUUACAUCCUUGAUUUGUCUAGCCCCCAGCCAAAACCAACAAGACCCGUACAAGCAUCUCUCAGCACCAGCCGCCAAGAUGUCGCUGACGAAUUGUCGAUUUUACGAGGAGAAGUAUCCCGAGGUGGAUAGCUUCGUCAUGGUCAACGUGAAGCAGAUUGCCGAUAUGGGCGCAUACGUCAAGCUUCUGGAAUACGAUAACAUCGAUGGCAUGAUCCUGCUCUCCGAACUGUCCCGAAGACGUAUUCGAUCGAUUCAGAAGCUCAUCCGAGUCGGAAGGAACGAGGUUGUCGUCGUGCUCAGGGUGGACAAGGAGAAGGGUUACAUCGAUCUGUCCAAGCGUCGAGUCUCCCCAGAGGACAUCGUCAAGUGCGACGAGCGGUACAACAAGAGCAAGGUCGUCCACUCGAUAAUGCGCCAUGUCGCCGAGAAGGUCCAGACCCCCAUCGAGCAGCUCUACGAGACCAUUGCAUGGCCCCUCAACCGGAAAUACGGCCACGCCAUCGACGCCUUCAAGCUCAGCAUCACGAACCCCGACGUCUGGCAGGACAUCGAGUUCUCCAACGAGGCCAUCGCCGAGGAGCUCAAGAGCUACAUCUCCAAGAGGCUUACCCCCCAGCCCACAAAGCUCCGUGCCGAUAUCGAGGUGACGUGCUUCGGCUAUGAGGGCAUUGACGCCAUCAAGACUGCCCUGAGGCGCGCCGAGGCCAGCAACACCGAGGACAACCAGGUCAAGGUCAAGCUGGUGUCCCCUCCCCUGUACGUGCUCACCAGCCAGUGCCUGGACAAGACGGUGGGAAUCGCAAGGCUGGAGCAGGCCAUCGUCGAUGUCCGCACGAGCAUCGAGGGGGCAGGCGGCAAACUCACGGUCAAGAUGGAGCCCAAGGCGGUCACGGAGAGCGACGAUGCCGAGCUCCAGGCGCUCAUGGAGAAGCGCGAGCGCGAGAACGCCGAGGUCAGCGGCGACGAGAGCAUGAGCGAGUCGGACGAGGGCGUGCCGGCGCCACGUGAGGUCUAAGGGUACCUUGCUCUUUGCAUUUCCGGCGCUGGGACCUAGAGAUGGGGGAACAAAAGUUGUGUGUUUCUCGGCACGAAGAAGAUGAAAAGACCAAGUCCCUUGCUGGCUUAUCACGACCCUGUUGCGGUGCCACAGCUACACUUAAUAAAAAUGUGAAAAUGGUAUUGUGGAGCCCUGGCGACUUAUUUCUCUCCCGCCUGGGGAUCCCUUUGGAGAGGAGCCGGAGCCUUAGAAUCCAUGCGGGACGGGAGUUGUUGGAUAAGAGGUCGGGUAGUGAUGGCCUACCUAGGUACCUAGGUACCUUGAUACGUAGAUGCCACGACGCACAGCAGACACCCGUGCCCAACCAAUUGAAUGAACACAGAUAAGAAGCCA